AUGUCUGGUACGUUCGUCUCUUUUCAUCAAUGUAACAAUAUUGAACAACAUUACUUCAUUACUCUAGACAAUCUCCAGGUUGUGUCCUUGCCUACCCUUCCGGCCGCCACCUACCCAAGUCAUCAUGGAGGCCAAGGCCACAACUUCAAUGUUACAUUGACCACUGAAAAGGGCCCUUCAUCACAUUCUUCGAGGGAAACCCUCAAAGAAGCCGUGGAGAUCGCACCGACUUCGAAGGUGUGGGAGGGCUACGAAGACGACGAACUGCCCCACAAGACUAACAAUAGAGCAAUCCGGAACCUUCGCCACAAGAUUUUCUCCAUCUACCGUCGCAUCUUCGGCGUCAUCUUCGUCGUCAACCUCUCCAUUUUCAUUGCCACCGCCGUUAGAGGCGCAGAUGCUAACGAUCUGGGUCUCAUCGUCGUCGCCAACUUGUUCUGCGCCAUCUUGAUGAGGCAGGAGUAUGUUGUGAAUAGUUUCUUCGUCGUGUUUGGGAAUAUCCCCAGGUCUUUCCCUCUAUGGAUCCGAAGGUUGUCUGCAAGAGUGUUCCAUAUCGGAGGGAUUCACUCAGGAUGCGCCGUUUCGGGGACGGUCUGGCUCAUUUUGUUCUUGUAUCGAGCAACAUGGGAGCUUUUGAACGACGGACCAACGACUCUACCUACCGUAGUUGUUUCCUAUGUGAUCAUUGCAUUGCUGCUCGUCAUGGUCGUCACCGCAUAUCCACGCUUCCGCCACCUAUACCACAACCACUUCGAAGUCUUCCAUCGUUUCUUUGGAUGGACGGCGACAGCUCUCGUAUGGUGCCAGGUACUUUUGUUGGUGAAUGAUUAUAGACCAGCAGAACAAAGCCUCGGACAAGCUGCCCUGCACGCUGUCCCAUUCUGGAUGAUUCUGAUCAUCACAGUUUCCAUCAUAUUGCCGUGGAUCCGACUUCGAAAGUUCGAGGUUCGCUCCACUGUGCUUUCUGACCAUGCUGUUUUGCUCCGAUUGAACUACGUGACGCCGGGCCCGGGUUCCUUCACUCGCAUGUCCCUAAGCCCGCUCACGGAAUGGCACACCUUCGCUACCAUUGCAGGACCACCAGAAGCUAAAGAACCACGAGGGUACUCUGCCAUCGUCUCCCGCGCAGGCGACUGGACAUCAGCGCUGAUCGCCAACCCACCCACGCGCAUUUGGAUCCGAGGACUUCCGACAUAUGGAUUCAUGUACCUCGUCCCGAUGUUCAGGAGGGUACUAAUCGUGGCGACGGGCUCGGGAAUCGCACCGUGUACGAGUCAUUUGUUGAAGAAGAAGAUCCCGUUGAGGUUGCUUUGGGUUGCGCCGAAUAUUCAGAAGACGUACGGGAGCGAAUUUGUGGAUACGGUUUUGGGGGCGGAGCCAGGUGCUGUCGUAUACGACACUCGGGAACAUGGAAAACCGGACGUCGUGAAACUGACUUAUCGCAUGGUCCGCGAGUUUGACGCGGAGGCCGUCUUUAUCGUCUCCAAUCCGAAGCUGACACAGAAGGUGGUGUAUGGACUAAUGAGUAGAGGUAUUCCGGCGUUUGGAGCGAUCUGGGAUUCUUAA